GAUUUGUCGUUGAAUCGUACUACGAUUUGUCAGUGGCCAAACAUCUGUAAAACAUCGCGUAAAUGAGAUAUAUAUUUGUUCCUUUUCUAAAUUAUAAGUGUCCUACUUUGGCCGCAAAAUGGAUAUCGGAGAAUUGUUAUCGUAUAAACCUCCAAAUACACCAAAACGACCAGCAGCAGGAGAGGAGGAUGAUGAAGAUGAAUGGGAAAGUGCUAAGAAACCAAAAAGAGUAAUAAAAACACCGUAUCACGCACGUCAACGACAGAUCAAAGAACAUAUUGAGGUAGGAACACCCAGAGACAGUGAACCUGCCACACCUGUUAGAACUGUAGUACCUUCGUCAACACCAGACGUAGUAGAGCCACAAUUAACUGAGAAAGAGAAGGAAGAUAUCUUAAAAUAUGUAGAAACUGAAGCUCCUGAAGUUGAAGCAUUAGAUGAGGCUACACUCAAACGUAUGAUCCUUUUAUUUGAAAAGAGAGCUCUCAGAAACCAGGAAAUGAGAGUCAAGUUUCCAGAUCAACCAGAGAAGUUUAUGGAAUCUGAAGUUGAACUGCAUGAAACUCUCCAAGAACUUCAUAUUAUAGCGGCCAAUCCAGAUCUGUAUCAACUAAUGGUAGAAUUAGGUGCUGUACCUUCUCUGCUUGAAUUAUUAUCUCAUGAAAAUACAGACAUAGCUGUUGGUGUGGUAGAUCUUCUUCAAGAACUGACUGAUGUUGAUAUAUUACAUGAGAGUCAAGAAGGUGCGGAUACUCUCAUUGAUGCUUUAUUGGAACAGCAAGUUUGUGCUCUUUUGGUGCAGAACCUUGAGAGACUCGAUGAAAUGGUAAAAGAAGAGAGUGACGGUGUUUAUAAUACACUUGCUAUUUUCGAAAACCUCCUCGAAUUUAGACCAGAUUUGUGCACGGACGCAGGCAAACAAGGUCUAAUGCAAUGGUUACUACGUCGAAUUAAGACAAAAACACCAUUUGAUGCAAAUAAACUGUAUGCCAGUGAACUAUUGUCUAUACUUUUACAGCAUACACCAGAAAAUAGACUUCUUCUUGGCGACUUGGAUGGAAUUGACGUUUUGUUGCAACAAUUAGCUUAUUAUAAAAGGCACGACCCGCAAACUGCCGAGGAACAGGAAAUGAUGGAAAAUUUAUUUAACGUUUUGUGCUCGAGUUUAAUGGCCACUGUAAAUCGCGACAGGUUUCUGCGUGGCGAAGGUCUUCAACUCAUGAAUUUAAUGUUACGAGAAAAAAAAAUGUCGCGAAAUGGAUCUCUAAAGGUAUUAGAUUAUGCUAUGAACGGUCCAGAUGGAAAAGACAAUUGCAGUAAAUUUGUAGAUAUUCUCGGAUUGCGAACUAUAUUUCCGCUAUUUAUGAAAACACCAACAAAAAACAGGAAAAAAAUGCUUACUGCAGAAGAGCACGAAGAACACGUAGUUUCGAUCAUAGCAAGCAUGUUGAGAAACUGCAAAGGUCAACAGCGUCAAAGACUACUUAGUAAAUUUACAGAAAAUGAUUACGAGAAAGUCGAUCGAUUGAUGGAAUUACAUUUUAAAUAUCUUGAAAAAGUAGAGGAAGUAGAAAAGAACGGAAAGGUAAAUAAAUGGUCAAAAAACUCUUAUUUAAAAAAAAAAUUUAGGAAGAUCUCUAUUCUUUCUUAUAUACUUCUAUUACAGGAGGACGAAGAUGAAGAGGAAUCCUACUUGAGAAGAUUAGAUGGCGGAUUAUUCAUAUUGCAAUUAGUAGAUUAUGUACUUCUAGAGGCUUGCACUGGUUGUCCACCUGCUGUUAAGCAACGAGUAACGAGAAUUUUAGCACAGAGACGAGCGUCUCUUAAAACAAUUCGACAUAUUAUGAGAGAAUACGCCGGUAACUUGGGAGAUGCUGGUGACACAGAAUGGAAAGAGGCAGAACAACAACACAUCUUACAAUUAAUCGACAAAUUUUGAUAUGUAUUUUUUAUGUCGUACGAUAUGUCGAAAUAUACUAUUAUAAGUUAUCUGAUAA